ACAUACUGUUAUUUUUCUUUCAGCAUUUUCCAGGUAACCAGAAGCAAUGGCCUCAGUUGAUGCAGCUAGCCAGUCAGGUGUGUCGGGAUAUGAAGCAGUAUUUGAUGAGGACCCUGAAAGAAAAUAUGUUUGUCCUGUCUGCCUCACUGUGAUGAAAGAUGCAGUGCAAACAUCAUGUGGACACAGAUUCUGCGAAACAUGUAUUCGUAAAGUUGCAAAUCGAUCAGGAAUGUGUAAAUGCCCAGUAGACAACACAUGGUUUGACACAGAAUUUGAGUUAUUUCCUGAUGUGGCUAUUCGUAGAGAAAUUCUGUCACUGAAAGUGAAAUGUGAGCAACACCACAAAGAUUGCAGCUGGACUGGGGAACUGAGGGAUCUGGAGUCCCACAUGACACUGCCAGUUAAGGGAACUUUCAAGCCAAAUGCCAGAUGGAAACAUCAGUUAUUGGACUGCAGAAAGUUUCCAGUAGUGUGUUCACUAUGUGGUAAGAGUAGAAUAAAUCGUGAAGACAUAUCCUGUCACCUCAAUGAAAAAUCUGGAGAUUGCCCUCGUGUCAUUAUUCCAUGUCCGUACCAAAAAUAUGGAUGCCAAUUUGCUGGGCGUAGAGAAGUAAUGGCCAGUCACGAGAAAGAGGCUGCACAUUUACACCUGACCUGUAUGGAGUAGAAAGUCGAUUCACAGGACAGACAGAUUUCUAGUCUGGAUAAAACUGUUCAGGAGUUAAUUGGAAUUUUGGAAAAGAAGAAGAUCAAUUUUGAGUCAGUAGUAUCACAAUUAAAGGAAUCCCAGAUGAUGAGCUACAAUGGUAAACAGUUGUGGAAAGUCGAGAUAGUAUCAGGAACAAACAAGUACCAUAGCCGUUCCUUC